GUCUCGCGUCCGCUAUUUGUGUGCUGCCGAGAGCAAGUGAUACGAAUGUGUGUACGCUCUCGCCGCGCCUCUCUGAAACCAGAUAACGCCAAAGCCUGGGAGUAUCCUCCGUGCCGCGAUACGUCGUAGACGUACACGUCGCCUCCCGCAGCGUCCGCCGUGCGAUGGCUCCCGCCUUGGAAAACGGUCGCGAGCUGCUGCUGGAGUUGGGCGUAUUCUUGUGGUGCAAUGCGGUUAGGCUUGUGUUCGCCCUGUGGAACUUCUGGAAGAAGCCUCAACCGCUGCCACCUGUCACCGACGAGCUCUUGCUCCGCUCCGCCACAUCUCUCGCCGAGGACAUCAGAAAUGGACAGAUCAAAAGCUUCGACCUAGUUUCAGCCUACAUCAGCCGAAUCAAGGAAGUGCAACCCAUAAUCAACGCUGUCGUCGAAGAUAGGUUCAAAGAGGCACUGGAAGAUGCCAAAGAAGUCGACAGACUGGUCGCCUCAGGAAUCAUGAGCACAAGCAAAAUGAAAGAAGAGAAGCCACUUCUAGGGCUCCCCUUUACUGCCAAAAACAGCAUCGCCAUCAAAGGUAUGCGACAGGACGCGGGGUCCAUUUUCUGGCAUGGACGGCGUGCGGUGGAAGACGCCCCGACCGUGGCCUUCCUCAGGGCAGCCGGAGCCAUCCCCCUGGCUCUGACCAACGUGCCCGAACUGUGCAUGUGGGAUGAUUCGCUGAACCUCGUGGACGGUUGCACGCGAAACCCGCACGACACGCGCCGAAGCCCAGGUGGAAGCAGCGGUGGAGAGGGAAGCCUUCUUGCAUCGGCUGGUUCCCUAAUUGGUUUGGGCACGGACAUCGGUGGAAGCGUGCGAAUACCAUCCGCCUACUGUGGCAUCUUCGGCCACAAGCCAACAGCGGGAGUGGUGCCCAACACUGGCCUGCUCCCAGAUGUCGGAGAAAAACUGGAGCAGUACAACUGUGUGGGACCCAUGACCAGGUUUGCGGAAGACCUGCCGCUGCUGCUUAAAGUCCUGUCGGGAAAGUCCACUGACGUGUUUAGACUAAAUGAGAAGGUAAAUUUCAAAACACUUAAGCUGUACUACAUGGAAAAUGAAGGAAGCCUUUACAUCAGCCGUGUGGUCCCUGAUGCUCGUAGAGCUGUUAGAAGGGUUGUGCAGUACCUCAAGGAGACGCACAGAAUCGAAGAGCGUCGUUUGCAGCUGCCUGAGGAGCGAUUCGGCAUGUUCCUUUGGUUCAAGUUUCUGGGCGUCAAGGAUCCGACGCCGCUGGCCGAGAUGUACAGGCCCGGUGGAUUCAACACUCCCCUCGAACUGGUCCGAUACAUUGUGGGAGCUGGCCGGCUCACACUCGCGGCUUUAGCCGCCUGCGUCAUCGCGUGGUUUUGCAGCUUUAGUUCGAAGCAGAAAGGGGAGGCCUACGUCAAGUCCGUAGAAGACGCCCGUGACCGACUUGAAGAGACACUGGGGGACGACGGGAUUCUGAUUCUGCCUGCUACCCCGAACGUUGCCCCAUUCCAGAACCAGGACCUGGCACUUAUGGAUUCGUCCAGCAUGACGGCUUUGUUUAAUUUGUUCAAAGUGCCUGUCACGGUGUGUCCCGUGAUGCGGUCAGCGAAUAACUUGCCCCUGUGCGUUCAAGUUGUGGCCAAGAGGGGAAACGACAGGCUGUGUCUGGCUGUUGCCAAGGAAAUCGAGAACCGAUUCGGAGGCUGGAUUGUCCCUAUGGUGAAACCUAAAGGCAGACUCUGACGUUCGGGAAAAUUACGCUUAUUAUUCUUGACCAAUAUAUUACAGUUUCCGAAAUUCAUCAGUGGCACGAAAAAUACUUCUGGUGUGUGUAGCUGCUAGGGAGAAAUGCGCCUCAAGAACAAUACCUUGUAUCCAGAGAUGUGUGGGUACGCUGUAUAUACGGGACACUAUAAUGUCGCAAAAACAUCUUAUUUUCACAAAUGGCAUCGCACGUCUGUGAGUACAAAACACUUCAUGCGUAUUUUUAUCAAGUGUUCUUUGGAGCUUUUGAUGCUUUUGCUGAUGCAAUAAAAUACACGACUUUUCAGUCA